AUGAGAUCUGGUGACUUGCUUGUGGAGGUUUCUUCUCGAAAGCAAGCUCAACAGAUACAAAAACUUAAAUCCUUGGCAACAUCAAGAGUUUCUGUAACCCCUCACCAAUCACUUAAUAGCUCUAAAGGCGUCAUUACCUGCGGCGAAAUACUAAAUCUUCCUGUAGAGUUAAUUGUUUCCGAAAUGAAAUCUCAAGGUGUUACACACGUACGUCGAAUUUCCAUACGACGUGAUGGACAACUACUUGAGACGAAACAUCACGUGUUAACUUUUCAAACUCCUAAAUUACCCGAGUACGUAUAUGCAGGCUAUAUAAAGUUACCGGUGAGGCCAUAUAUUCCUAAUCCACUAAGAUGCUUUCAGUGCCAACGCUUUGGCCACUCUAAAAUGAAUUGCCGCGGGUCUCUCACUUGUGCCCGCUGUGCACAAAAAGGGCAUGAUAGCCAGCAGUGUAAAGCAGAAGAAAAAUGCGUAAACUGUGGUGGCGAUCAUCCCUCAUAUUCUCGAUCUUGUCCGCGCUGGGCACUGGAAAAGCAAGUUAUGACAAUAAAAUUCAAGGAAGACUUAUCUUAUCCCGAAGCCAGACGCAGGGUUAAGGCACAAACCCCAACUCCUGGUGUCAGUUAUGCUUCGGCAGUUAAGAAAACUUUCUGUGAGAAUUGCUCUUGUGAGAACUGUUUAAAAUAUGCCAGGAAAACAACAAAUAAAACAACAAAUAAUGAAAAAACUUCCGAUUCCGAUACUGAACAUUCUCUGAAAACUAAAACUGAUAAUCAAAAAACUAUUAGAAGAAAAUCCAAAUCGCAGACUUCGCUGACAUUAAACUUGGCGAAACGUGGCCUAACGAAAAAAGAUCUACGAAAGAAACUAAAAAGUUCUGCAUCAAAAAAUUCCGUCGCAUUGGGGUUAGCGACGCAAGGUGUUGUCCAUAAGGACUUGCAGUCCAUUUUUGGUGACACACUUAAUAACCCCGAUAUUAAACUGCAUCCGUCUGAGGAUGAAUAUGAGCUUGGUAUGAGUUGCGAUGAUCAUGCAACUCCAACAACUGCUUCCUCUCUUUCUCCUCCCAAAUCACUCUCUUAA